AUGGCUGCCAGUAGGGAACAUACAACGUUACUCUUUUGGUUUCUGAUAAUACGGUUUGGUUUUGCGUGGCAAGGCUGUUCCAACGAAUCAUCAGUUCAUGGAUUCUGUCCAACUGGAAAUACCUGCUGCAGAAUUCACAGUGAUCAUGAUACAGGUCAGCACAUGGUGAACAAUAUCGAUGAUGACAAUGCUGAACAUUUUCAGUUUGGUUGUAUUCCAGGGGACAUGGGAAAAUUCAAUGGCACCUGCUGCAACGAUGGUGGAGGAUGUCCUAUGGGCUAUAAAUGUAUUGUCGAAAAGAGUGUUGGUACAGCAGAUGAAUCAUCCAAAGAACAUUUCUGUCAGGCGACUCCUUCAGCGCCAAUGGCAGAUUACAUUACCCAACGAUUGCCACGCUAUCGUCUUUGCUCAAUCAAUGACGAGGACGACGAGUCACCACUGACACAACUACAUGGUCUAGGCAUAUCCUCGCAAAGUGGCGACGAAGGAAAACUUGCAUACUAUUCAUCUCAUGGGCCAAUUGAUAGACUAGUACCUUCAGCUGAUUCACAUUGGAUUCAGACGGUAUGGAUUUUCAUUCAUGGAUCUGGACUAAAUGCAGAUGACUACUUCUGUUCGGCGUUAGCAGCCAGAAAAGCUCAAACAAAUUAUGAUGAAUACAGCGUGCUGGUGAUUGCUCCUUGGUUUUCAGAAGAUGACGUCGCAAAUCAACCACCGUAUCUGGUUUGGAGUCAUCAAGAUGCCCUUCACCCAUGGCGCUACGGCGCGGAUGCCGUGAAUCAUAACAUCAGUUCCUACACGGCUCUCGAUGUCAUGGUAGAAACUCUACAGAACAAGCUCGGUCCUGACGUCAAGAUUGUCAUCAGUGGACACUCGAGUGGAGGACAGAUGGUCCAACGAUGGACCUUUCUGACAAAAUCAUGGAACCACAGUAAUAUGAAGGCUGUCGUGGCAAAUCCAAGUUCUUAUCUCUACUUGACUCCCUUUCGAAGGAUUGAUGGGAGCUGGCGAAUGCCACCAUCGUCGUCCAUUCUAAAUGACUGCCCACAGUAUGACAUGUGGAAGUGGGGAUUGGCAGACGGUGGCAAUGAGACGGUCCCAUACCGGGAUCGAGCAUUGCCCAAUGAUUCAGCGGCAGACAAGCUCAUUGACGAAUUUCAACACAAGGACGUUACCUAUCUCGCAGGAUCUUUGGAUAUCUGCAACGAAACAGAACCGGAUCUCCUACUUGGUGAUGAUGAUGAGGAUGGCCAUGAUCAACAACAACAACAACACUGUCAUUCCCAUGGCCUCGAAACGACCUGUAUGGAUGAAUUGCAAGGACAUACUAGAAUGGAACGGGGUAACUUGUACAUGGAAUCCUUACAGUAUAUAUGGGCAAAGUCGACGACUCAUUGUCACAAGCGAAUGAUCGUGCCGGGGGUAGGGCAUGACCACUCUCUCAUGUUUAAUAGCGCAGUUGGAAUGGAAGCGAUAUUUGGCAAACAGCAGCAGAUGGGACAUUGCACUGGUGCUGAAAGUCAAGAUAUAUUUUCUAGCUGA